GAGCUUUGAGCUGGGUUUACCAACAGACCCGUUUUAUAAACUAUGCCACCACCUACUUGAGAAACAACUCGCGUUACCCAUAAAAAAUUCGAGAACAACUCCUCUCCAGAAUCCGAGCCCGUUAUACCGUUUCUAGCCUCUAAAUCGGGUCACAAAAUCAGAAUGGGUGUGGCAGCAAAAAUCGCACCGUCGAUGUUAUCAUCGGAUUUCGCCAAUUUGGCAUCGGAAGCUCAGCGAAUGCUCGAUUGCGGCGCCGAUUGGCUUCACAUGGACAUCAUGGAUGGGUAUAACCUCAAUUAUUGUCUCCUUCAAAAACCGUUUAUCCUUAAUUACUGCAAACUUAUGUUCCUCUUUGUAUUAUCUCUGUUACUUAAGGCACUUUGUCCCUAACCUAACAAUUGGUGCUCCAGUCAUUGAGAGUUUGAGAAAACACACAAAGGCAUAUUUGGAUUGUCACCUUAUGGUCACGAAUCCUCUUGAUUAUGUGGAGCCUUUGGGCAAAGCUGGCGCUUCAGGAUUCACGUUUCAUGUUGAGGUAUCCAGAGAUAAUUGGGGAGAUCUUGUCCAGAGAAUCAAAUCAAAGGGCAUGAGGCCUGGUGUAUCAUUAAAACCCGGUACGCCGAUUGAAGAAGUUUAUCCUUUGGUUGAAGGUGAAAAUCCUGUGGAAAUGGUCCUUGUUAUGACUGUAGAACCUGGAUUUGGUGGACAGAAGUUCAUGCCAGAAACGAUGGAUAAGGUACGGACUCUAAGGAAGAAGUAUCCAUCACUUGAUAUAGAGGUAGAUGGUGGUUUAGGGCCUUCAACAAUUGACAUGGCAGCUUCAGCUGGAGCAAACUGCAUUGUGGCAGGAAGUUCAGUGUUUGGAGCUCCUGAUUCAGCCCAAGUAAUAUCUCUCCUGAGAAAGAGUGUUGAGGAAGUUCAGAAAAACAACUGAUACUGGUAGAUACAAGACUUUUCAGCAUUGCAUGUUUAAGGAAUAUAUGUCGUUGUUCUGUUUGGCAUUUUGGAAUUCAUAAAAUGGCAUCUUUAUCUCCUCUUUUCAAGUCUACCCAUCUCGUUAACACUGUAAGAAGUGUACACAACUAUGUACGAUAAUGAGAUCCAUGGAGGGUCUGAAUUAAGUUAAUAAAUGCAUGUGCCUUUCACAACAUAAUUUCCAAUAAAUUUUUUCAAUAAAUCCUUAUUUACAGCUUCCAA